CCUUCUAACUUCUCACUUGCCUUAUAGGUUAUGGCAUACUGUACAAUGUACUAACAUUCUAAAAUCUUAUAUUAGGUUUGAAACUGAUUUUUGGCAGUUUUUGCACCCAGGAUUUUUUAAAUGCUCAACCAAGAUGUUUCUCUUGUCAUGAAUUGCAUCCAUCAUAAUAUCAACCGUUCACUUUUUUUUUGGGGGGGGGGGAAGGAGUGAACCUUGCUAUCUGGAUAACUAGAUCGUCUUGUCACCUGUGAUGUAAUUAAUGGCAUAAUGUCCAUAUUUGUACAGUGAACAUCUAGGUGAUCCCUCUCAUAUGAAAGAUCAACAUCUUCAGACAAAACAUAGAAUAUGCGGCACAGCUAAACACUCUUCCUCCUCUAUUAAAUCUUAAUUAUUGGUAUAUUAAGGAAUUUACAUGUACUACCUUAUUAGUACAGAUCACACUUUUUCAAAUCCUACUGUGAGCCAUUUGAUAGGAUUUGAACUUAGAAGCCAAAGAGUUGCUGAACCAGCUAACCAGACUAUUUUUAACAAUGGAUUGGCAAGAUGAAGAUUACAGAUGCCACCUAUUGAGGCAGCGCCGACGUUCGGAGUUAAGGCGAGAGGCCGGCUCUUUCCGGAACCCCAAGCUCUGUCCCCAGGGAGCCAUGGCGACGUCCAGGGCCUGUCUCCACCUUUGGAUGUGCGGGGCUGCGGCGCUGGCGUCUUUCCUGGCGGGGUUUACGGCGGGCUGGUUUAGUAAGCCUUUGAGAGAAACCACCACUUCACUCCGCUAUCAUCAAAGUAUACGGUGGAAACUGGUAUCUGAGAUGAAAGCUGAAAAUAUUAAAUCAUUUCUUCGUUCUUUUACAAAGCUUCCUCAUCUGGCAGGAACAGAACAAAAUUUACUUCUUGCCAAGAAAAUCCAAACCCAGUGGAAGAAAUUUGGACUGGAUUCCGCCAAGUUGGUUCAUUAUGAUGUCCUCCUAUCCUACCCCAAUGAGACAAAUGUGAACUAUAUAUCAGUCAUGGAUGAACAUGGGAUUGAGAUUUUCAAUACCUCCUAUCUUGAGCCACCACCAGAUGGAUAUGAGAAUGUUACAAAUAUUGUUCCACCAUAUAACGCUUUCUCAGCCCAAGGCAUACCAGAGGGAGAUAUCAUAUAUGUGAACUAUGCUCGUACUGAAGACUUUUUCAAACUGGAAAGAGAGAUGAACAUCAACUGCAGUGGCAAGAUUGUUAUUGCAAGAUAUGGAAAAAUCUUCAGAGGAAAUAAAGUUAAAAAUGCCAUGUUAGCAGGAGCCAUAGGAAUCAUCUUGUACUCAGAUCCAGCUGAUUACUUUGCCCCUGCUGUACAGCCAUAUCCUAAAGGAUGGAACCUUCCUGGAACUGCAGCACAGAGAGGGAAUGUGUUAAAUUUGAAUGGUGCUGGUGACCCGCUCACUCCAGGCUAUCCAGCUAAAGAGUACACCUUUAGACUUGAUGUCAAAGAAGGAGUGGGAAUCCCCAAGAUCCCUGUACAUCCUAUUGGGUAUAAUGAUGCAGAAAUAUUACUACGUCACAUGGGAGGAACUGGCCCACCAGAUGACAGCUGGAAGGGAAGUCUUAAUGUGGAUUAUAACAUUGGGCCUGGCUUUGCAGGGCAUGAGUCCUUCAGGAAGGUAAGAAUGCACGUUCAUAACACUAAUAAAAUUACAAGGAUUUACAAUGUCAUUGGAACGAUCAGAGGAUCUGUGGAACCUGAUAGGUACGUUAUUCUAGGAGGUCAUCGAGACUCCUGGGUGUUUGGAGCAAUUGACCCGACCAGUGGGGCUGCUGUUUUGCAAGAAAUCGUCCAAAGUUUUGGAAAACUGAUGAGCAGAGGCUGGAGACCUAGGAGAACCAUCAUUUUUGCCAGCUGGGACGCAGAAGAGUUUGGGCUGCUGGGCUCCACAGAAUGGGCUGAGGAGAAUGUAAAAACACUCCAGGAGAGAAGCAUUGCUUAUAUCAACUCAGAUUCAUCUAUAGAAGGCAAUUAUACUCUCAGAGUUGACUGUACACCCCUUCUUUACCAAUUGGUAUAUAAACUGACAAAAGAGAUCUCUAGCCCAGAUGAUGGUUUUGAGAGUAAAUCUCUUUAUGAAAGCUGGUUGGAAAAGGAUCCUUCAUCUGAAAAUACAAAUUUUCCUAGAAUCAACAAACUUGGAUCUGGAAGUGAUUUUGAAGCUUAUUUUCAGAGACUUGGAAUUGCUUCAGGCAGAGCCCGUUACACUAAGAAUAGGAAAACAGAAAAGUACAGCAGCUACCCGGUAUACCAUACGAUUUAUGAGACGUUUGAAUUAGUAGAGAAUUUUUAUGACCCUACAUUUAAAAAACAGCUCUCUGUGGCUCAGUUACGGGCAGCACUGGUUUAUGAGCUCGCAGACUCUAAAAUCAUUCCUUUCAAUAUUGAAGAUUAUGCAAAAGCUUUGAAAAACUAUGCAACAAGUAUCUACAAUUUAUCUAAGAAACAUGACCAGCAAUUAAGAGACCAUGGAGUAUCAUUUGAUUCUUUAUUUUCUGCUGUGAAGAACUUCUCAGAUGCUGCUUCAGAUUUUCAUAGAAGACUUAGACAAGUUGAUCUUAAUAAUCCUAUUGCAGUGCGAAUCAUGAAUGACCAAUUGAUGCUCCUGGAGAGAGCAUUCAUUGAUCCUCUUGGUUUACCAGGGAGGCGGUUCUACAGGCACAUCAUCUUUGCUCCGAGCAGUCACAACAAAUAUGCUGGAGAAUCAUUUCCUGGUAUCUAUGAUGCUAUGUUUGAUAUUGAAAAUAAAGAUGACCCUCGUUCAGCCUGGACAGAAGUAAAGAAACAUAUUUCGAUUGCAGCCUUUACAAUUCAAGCAGCAGCAGGAACUCUGACAGAAGCAUUAUAGUAAGGCCUCAGACAAGUGGCUAGCCACUGAAAUUGUUACUGAAAGUCUUAGGAUAAAAUUGUUUUUUUGAUCAAUCUUGCUUUUCAUGUCAGGUUUUGAUUUUAGACUUCCAUCCUGUCCAACUGUGAAGUUUUUUUGGCUCUUUAAAAAAAUUCAUAACUUCCUCAGCGAAAACAAAACAACUUGUCACGGGGCAGAAAGACAUAAAGAACCUGAAAAUUCCCUAAAAUAAAAUACGCCAAGGAACUUGGAAAAGAGUUGUUUCUUACAAAGUUAAAAAUACAGUUGACCCUUGAACAUGGGUCUGAACUGCUCAUGUCCAUUUAUACAUGGAUUUUUUUCUCCUACAGUAUACUAUAUAUGCAUUUACUCUUGAUGAUUUUAACAUUUUUUCUCUAGUUUUAUUGUAAGAAUACAGCAUACAUAUACAAAGUGUGAGUUAAUCAAACUUUGCUAUUGGUAGGCUUCUGCUCAACGGUAGGCUUCUGCUCAACAGUAGACUAUCAGCUGUUAAAGUUUUAGGGAGUGAAGUUGUAUGAUGGAUUGGCACCUCUAACCCUCACAUUGUGCAAGGGUCAACUAUAGUAACUUGCAAGUUAUUGCUUCCUAAGUUAUUUUGUUUUCAUCCUCUUUAAUCAAUAGGUGAUCGUUAUGAACAAAUGAAUGAAUGAACGUGGCAGUGUGAUGUAACUGAUCAGAUGUUAUUACAUACAAAAUGUCCUUGAACUAUUUCCUAAAAACGUUUUCCCUUAGGAGUACUUUACCUAUGAGAUGUUUUAUGUAAGCAACUUGGUAACCACAAAGCAAAAAUCUAGUGAUGAAAUAUAUAUAAAAAAAAAGGGGGGGGGGGAAGACUGAACAAAUCAUCAUGGAAAUUCACUUUACAAAUAAAACAACCAGAAUGCACACAGCAAGAUGGCAGUAGUAAUUAUGAAUGGACUGAAUUCACCAAGCAAAGCACAAAGUGGCUGGAAGAAAAAAAAAAAAAAAAACUACACUGAGGCAAAAUGAAUUUCCUUUACACUUAAGACAUACACAGGCUCAAAGUGUAGGAACAGAAGAGGAUAUUCCAUGGAGGUGGAUACCAAAAAAUAAAUAAAACACAAAAGUAGGUGUGUAGCAAUACUUAUGCCAGAGAAAAUACACUUCAAGCCAAAAAACAUUAACAAGCAACAGAGAAAUCCUAUAAUGAUAAAAUACAUCAAGGAGAGAGAAUACAUACACCUCCAACAUCAAAGCACCAUGAUUAAAAAAAUUCUCACAUUUAAAUGGAGAGAUACUUCCUUAACAGGGGACUUUAAUACUAUUAGAAUAAACAUGUAGACAGAAAAAAAGGAAACACUGAAAUUGAACCAAAACAACUUAGAAAGCAAAAUGACUUAGCAGUUUUUUAUAGAACAUUCCAUCCAAGAGCAGAAUACACAUUCUUCUCAAGUGCAUGAACAUUUUCUAUGGCAGAUCCUAUGAGAGGGCACAAAAUGAAUCUCAGCAAAUUUAAGAUUGAAAUCAUACCAUCUUUUCUGACCACAAUGGUAUCAAUUAGAAAUCAGCAAGAGGAAGCUAGAGGAAUCUACCAAUAUGUAGGAACUAAACACUUCUAAACAAGGAGUCAAAAAAAAUGGGAAUAAACUAUCUGAUAACAAAUGAAAAUGGGAGUAUAACACAUCAGAUCUUACAGGAUACAGGAAAGUAAAUGGGAGUAAAGAAAUCACAAAAAUCUCAAGCAACUUAAUUGUAUACUUCUAGUAAGAAAAAAAGAACAAACCUAAAGGGAGCAGAAAAUAAAAUCAAAGCAGAACUCUUUAUUUCAGGAAAAAACUAUCAGUAAAACUAAAAGCUAGUUCAUCGAAAAGAUAAAAUUGACAAAUUUCAUUAAGUAGAUUCAGAGAAACAAAAUUAGAAAUGAAAGAUCUUACAACCGAUACUACAAAAAUACGUAAGAUUGUAAGAGACCAUUAGGAACUCUGUGCCAAAAAUUAGAUAACCUUGAAGAAAUGGACAAAUUUCUACAAACAACCUACCCAAGAUUGAAUGAAACACAAAGAGAAAAUGUGAAUAUACCAAUAACGAGCAAGAGAUUGAAUCCAUAAACCUCUCGUAGAAAAUAUAACCCAGGACAAGAUGGCUUCAUUGGCAAAUUCUAACAAACUCUUAAAGAAUACUAAUCUUUUUCAAACUCUUAAAAUAUUUGAGGUGUAGGAAUCAUUUCCAAACUCAUCUUAAAAGGCCAGCAUUAUUUUGGUACCAAAGUCAAAUACGACCACAAUAAAAAAGGGGUGUCUUGGUGGCUCAGUCAGUUGAGAACCCAACUCCUGAUUUUGGCUCCGGUCAUGAUCUCAGGGCUGAGAGAUUCAGCUCUGCAUCAAGCUCUGCAUUGGAUGUUGAGCCUGCUUAAGAUCCUCUCCCUCUCCCUCUGCAACCCCCAGCCCCCUCUCACACGUGCAUGCUGUCUCAAAACCAAAAAACAACAAAAAAGAACCAUAGACCAGUAUCUCUGAUAAAAAUAGAUGUAAAACAUCUGAACAAAAUAUUAGCAAACCGAAUUCAAGAACACAGAAAGAGAUUAAAAACUGAGACUAAAUAGGAUUUUUCCCCUGGGAUACAAGCAAGGAUGGUUCAGCAUAUAUAAAUCAAUACAUGUCCUACUUCAGAUUAAUGAAAUGGAAGAUAAAAAUCAUGAUCAUCUAUGCAUCUGACAAAAUGCAACAUCCUUUCAUGAUGAAAACUUUGGCAGACUGAGUAUAGAAGCAUAACACACUUCAGCAUAACAAAGGCCAUCUAUGACAAACCCACAACUAACUUACUUAGUUGAGAAGAACUCAGAGUUUUCCCUUGCAUCCAAAUUAGGAAGGAAGAGGUCAAACUGUUCCAUUUGCAAUUAAUAUAUUUUACGUAUGUAGAAUCCCAAAGACACACAACCAAAAAAACUGCUGGAACUAAUCAGUGAUUUCAGUACAGUUUCAGGACAAAGUACAGAAAUAUAAAUAAAUUACAUUCCUAUAUACUAAGGAUAAAAUAUCUGAAAACGAAAUAAAAUUAUCCCAUUCACAGCAUCAGAAACAAUCUACUUAGUAAUAAAUUUAAUCAAGGAAGUGAAAGAUCUGUACAAUGAAAACUCUAAGACUUUGCUGAAAGAAAAUCAAGACAAACAAAUGGAAAAGACAUCUUAUGUUCAUGGAUCAAAAACAGUAUUAAAAUGUCCAUAUUACACGAAGCCAUCUACAGAUUUAAUGCAAUCCCCAUCAAAAUACCAAUGGCAUUCUUUACAGGUAUAGAAAAACGAUCCUAAAAUUUGUAUGGAACCCCAAAUAACCAAAAUAAUCUUGAGGGAAAAGAACUAAGCUGGAAGUAUCCCAUUUCAUUUCAAACUAUACUACCAAAACAGCACAGUGCCAACGCUAAAACAGGCAUAUACACCAAGAGAACAGAUUCCAAAACUAAACCCCUGUAUAUAUAGGCCAACUAAUAUUUGACAAGGUAGCAAAGAACACCCAAUGGGGAAAGGACAGUUUCUUCAACAGACGGGUGUUGGGAAAACUGGAUAAGCACAGAGCAAUGAAAUUAUACUCUUCUAUAGCUCACAAAAAUUAACCUGAAAUGGAUCAAAGACAUUAAACAUAAGACCUGAUACUAUAAAACUAGAAGAAAACAUAGGGAAAGCUCUUCAACAAUGGUCAUGGUAAUGUUUGAAAUAGGACUCCAAAAAGUGCAAACAAAAGCAAAAAAAUCAACAAAUGGGACUACAUCAAAGUUAAGUUUUCACACAGCAAAAGAACAAAAUGAGAAAAAGCAAUGUAUAGAAGAAAACUUCUGCUAAUCAUAUAUCUGAUAAAGUAUUAAUAUCCAAGAUAUACAAAGAACUCCUAAACUGGAUACCAAAAAAAAAAAAAAAAAAAAAAAAAACAAAGAAUCCAAAAAAUGGGCAGAAUAACUUAACAUUCUCUAAAGAUAUCCAUCCAUGUGGUCAACAGGUGCAUGAAAAAAUGCUCAACUCAGUAAUCAGGAAAAUGCAAAUUAAAACCACAGUGAGACAUCACCUUAUGCCUAGUCAAAUGGCUAUCAACAGAAAAACCAAAGUGCGGCAAGGCUGUGGAGACAAGAAGCCCUUGUGCACUGUUGGUAGGAAUAUAAAGGGAGCUCUUCUGUGCUGUUGGUAGGAAUAUAAACUGCUAUAGCCACUAUGGAUAACAGUAUGGAGGUUCCCUAAAAAAAGAACUAUCACAUGAUGUAGUAAUUCUACUUGUGACAUUUAUCCAAAGAAAACGAAAACACUAAUUCAAAAUGAUAUAUGCACCCCAUCUUCACUGCAGCACUAUUUAGAACAGCCAAGAUAUGAAAGAACCUGUGUCCACUGGCAGAUAAAGGAUUUUUUUCUUUUAAAGAUUUUAUUUAUUCAUGAGAGACACACAGAGAAGCAGAGGUAGAAGCAGGCUCCAUGCAGAAAGCCCAAUUUGGGACUCGAUCCUGGGACUCCGGAAUCACACCCUGAGCCAAAGGCAGACACUCAACUGCUGAGACACCCAGGCGUCCCGACAGAUAAAUGGAUUAAAGAAAUGCAGUGUAUAUACACUGAGCAGUGUGUAUUCACUCAUGAAUACAUCCUAGUAGGAUAUACAGGAUAUCCUACUGUUUGUGACAACAUGGAUGGACUUAGGGGCACAUUGUGCUAAGUGAUAUAAGUCAGAUAAAGACAAGUGCUAUAUGCUGUCAAUUGUAUGUGGAAUUUUGAAUGACCAAAAUUGUAGAAUCAGAAAAUAAAAUGGUGAUUACCACAGGUUUACCCCAAAGGUUGUGGGGUCCAGAGCAGAUGUAGUUUAAAGGUACAAAUUUAUAAGAUGUAGUUAAUACACCUUAGAAAUAUAACGUCCAGUACAAUGAAUAAAAACAUAAACUUGUAUUAUAAUCCUCAAACUUGCUAAGAGAUUAGAACUUAAUUACUCCAACCACCAAAAAUAAUUAUGAUUAUGUAAUAAUUACAUAAUGCAAUAGAGAUGCCAAUUAUUGCUUCAAUGCCAAUCAUAUUACAAUAUAUAAAUGUAUCAAAUUAA